AUGCCCCAGACCAACGAUAACGGCCGCAAGGCCAGUGUUUCGAAGAUGACCAACGCGUCGGGUGCUGAGCACCUUGCGGCCGAGGAGCGCCUCCUCGCCGAGAACCGGGCCCAACGGGCCAAAGCCAAGGCUGAGAAGGCCGAGGCUGCCGCCGCCAUUUCCCUUGGGGAGAAGAAGGAGGGGGAGAAGGAGGGGGAGAAGAAGGACGACGACGACGACGAAUACGUCGUGACCUAA